AUGGACGAGCACCUCCUCAAGGCCAAGCAGGUGCGGCGCUCCAGCAAUCUGGCCACCUCGGCGUCGACGCAGUCUGCAUCCACCAAGUUAGCUGCAUGUAUUCCACAGGGCCACAUGAACAAGGAUCAUGCGGACGAUACAAAACUCAUCGUGCAACACUCAACCUCUGUUAAGGCAAGCGGCCAGGCCCGCCUCAUCUUCUCGGGCUCCACUGUGAGCGAGAGAGAGAGAGAGGCACAGGCGCAGGCGCACAACCGCAUCUCGCUCGGCCGCCGCCGCCGCUCCCCGCCUCCGCCCAGUCGCUCCCCGCUCGUGCUCGGCCACCGCCGUUGGGCUCUCACGCGUGGCGGCCGCCGCUGGAGCUCCUUCAGUCCUUCCCGUCGCGGCCAUCGACCGUCGCGCCUCCCCUGCCGAGGCGCCGUCGAGCCGACCCGGACCAGACGGCCGCCGCCGCUCCGGUCUCCGGAGGAUCUGCUCCCGCCUCCCGACGCUCUCCUCUCCUCCGGUCCUUCCCGCUCCACCGCUCCCCGCCCCGGUCGUGGCCUUGUGGAACUGAAGAUGAAGAGGAAUGGUGACAUUAAGUCUUUUUUCCGGAAUUAUGAGGCAAAAACAAGAAAGGUUGCAGCCGAAGAGCAACCUGAACCUGAUAUUGAUCCACCUCCAGUCCAUUCGGAUGCAGAGAUUGGCAUUGAUAUUGAUCCACCUCCAGUCUAUUCCGAUGCAGAGAUUGACAUUGAUAUUGAUGAUGAAGCACCACAGCAACCAUCACCCCAACAUCCACAUGCAAGGUUAUAAUAUUCAAAGGCUUCCACCUGAUCCAGGGAAAGGAUUCCUAUUUCAGAUUAUGAUGUUAAUGAUCAAGACGAAGUUCGGAGAUGGUACAUUGCAAAGAAUGCAGUCCAACCAUAUGCACACAACUUUGAAGUCAAGAAAAUGUAUGGUAAAAAUCGACACUUCAACUUUGUUUGGUUUGAGAACUACAAAUGGCUAGAAUAUAGUGUCAAAUAUGAGGCUGCAUUUUGCUUUGUGUGUUAUUUGUUCAAAGGCAAAUCGAAUGGGGGGCCUAAGGGUGAUGCCUUUGUUAAAGGUGGUUGGAAAAAUUGGUAUAAGCCUGAUGCAUUAGACAAACAUGAGGGUGGUAUUAAUAGCAUUCACAAUAAAGCUCAAGAGAAGUACAAUUUAUUUGUGGCACCCCAACCAUCAAUUGAUAACAUUAUGGUGAGGGUGGAUAAAGAGGAUUUGCGUAUGUACAAGGCUAGGCUGACUUAUUCACUUAGCUGCUUGAGGUUUCUUUUGAACCAAGGAUUGGCAUUUCGUGGACAUGAUGAGAGUGAAGAAUCUAGCAAUAGGGGGAACUUUGUUGAACUUCUUAAGUGGCUUUCGGAAAAUGAUGAAGAAGUUAAUAAACUUGUUGUGAACAAUGCUCCUGGGAAUUGCAUCUUGACUAGUCCAAAGAUACAAAAUCAAAUAAUUGAAUGUUGUGCCGUGCAAACAACUAAAAGAAUUAUUGAAGAUAUUGGUGAUGACCACUAUGCAAUCCUAGCUGAUGAGUCUAGUGAUGCAUCUCAUAAAGAACAACUUGCUCUCUGCAUAUGAUUUGUUGACAAAUCGGGAAGAGGAUGUGAGAGGUUCCUUGGAGUUGUUCAUGUUGCCAAUACAACUUCAUUGUCACUUAAGGAUGCAAUUCAAACUUUGCUUAAAGAUCAUCAUUUGACCCCUAGUCAAAUGCGUGGGCAAGGAUAUGAUGGGGCAAGCAACAUGAAAGGGGAGAUUAAUGGGUUGAAAACAUUGAUCAUGAAUGAGUCACCCUCUGCCUAUUACAUCCAUUGUUUUGCACAUCAACUUCAGUUGGUUCUUAUAGCCGUGGAAAAGGAAAAUGAACCAUGUUUGUGGUUCUUUGAUCAUGUUUCUUACUUGCUCAAUAUUGUUGGAGUUUCUUGUAAGCGCCAUGACAUGCUUCGAGAUGUUAGAGAUCAAAAGGUUUUGGAAGCACUUGAAAUGGGUGAGAUUGAAAGUGGAAGUGGGCUAAAUCAAGAGAUGGGACUAGCUAGACCCGGCGAUACUCGUUGGGGUUCUCAUUUUAAAACCAUUAUGCACAUUGUUAGCAUGUAUUCCACAAUCCUUGAAGUACUUGAUGCUAUUGGAAAAGAUCCUUCACAAAAACGUGAGUGGACAAGAAUACGUGGAGUUGCUCAAGCCAUUGAAUCAUUUGACUUUGUUUUCAAUCUUCACUUGAUGCUUGUUAUUCUUGGCUAUACAAAUGAGUUGUCCAAAUCUUUGCAAAAGAGAGAUCAAUAUAUUGUUAAUGCAAUGGCACUUGUUAGUUUGGCAAAGAGUAGAAUGCAACACUUGAGGUCUCAUGGUUGGGAAGAAUUUCUUGCAAAGCUAACCUUAUUUUGCAACAAACAUGACAUUCAAGUUCCUUUGUGGGAGGAUACUUAUGAGCAUUAUGGAAGAUCACGUCGGUAUUAUGAAGUACAAACAAAUGAUGAUCGUUAUAGAAGAGAGGUAUAUCUUGGUGUCAUUGAUCAAACCAUUCAAGAGCUUGACAAUCGGUUUGAUGAGGUUAAUACGGAGUUGCUUAUUUGCAUGUCGGCUUUGAAUCCAAUCAACUCAUUUGCUUCUUAUGAUGCACUCAAGGUAAUGAGACUUGCUGAAUUCUAUCCCAUGGACAUAUCAAGCACAGAUUUGAUAAGGCUAGAAUUUCAACUUACUACUUUCAUUGAUGAUAUGAGACAAGAUGAUAGGUUUAGAAAUGCAAGUAAUAUUGGUGAGCUCUCUAUUAUGCUUGUUGCAACAAAGAAGCAUGUUCUUUAUGAUUUGGUCUACUUACUCAUCAAAUUGAUAUUGAUUUUACCGGUGGCGACGACGGGUGUUGAAAGAGUAUUUUCAGCAAUGGAUCUAGUGAAAAGUAAGUUGAGGACUACUAUGAGUGAUGAUCGCUUGAAUGAUUGCUUGGUGACAUUUAUUAAACGAGAUGUGUUCAUGAAAGUAAGUGAAGAUGACAUAGUUGAUACUUUCAUGGCAAUGCAAAAACGUAGAGUUACCUAGUGAUAUAAUUUUCUACUUGUGCUUCUUUUGUGUAAGACUAUUCGUAUUGUAAUUUCGCAUAUUUGAGAUAUAUUUUGUGAACUAAAUUGUUGUGAAAUUUGAAUUGAGCUAUUCAUGUUA